GAACCGCCAGCCAAGGAAGAUCGAAGUACUGAAGCGACGGAGAAACAACGACAAACCACAAAACGGCAUACUACAGCGUCAGAAAAGCACACAUUCAAACCUUUACCAGUGACUGUACCGCCGCCUCAACCGGAAUUGACCUUUCAGAAAACUGGAGAGAGAGGACCUGGAUUCUGGAACCGCUUUCAACCAAACCGGUGGUUUGAGUCGAUACAUUACGUUACGAACACUGGCAAGUAACG